UUUUUUUUUCUUUUUCGUUUCUGUUUGACCAACACACCAAUACAUUCAUUCUCUCUUUUUAUCUUUUAUUUUUUAUCUUUUUUUUUCACCUUUGAAAUAGAUAUAUAACAAAAAAGAGUCAAUUCUCUCUUUUUUAGAAAAAAGAUUUAUUAUACAUCACACACUCUCUUAUAUAAACCAUGACUGAGAAAACCGAAACAGUCGUCGAAGAGGUCAUUUCUGAUCAACCUGUUGCUCACAAAGCCAACAUUUCCGGCAACGUUACCUCUUUGACCGUCGAAGAACUCUACGACAAAGAAAAGUUUGAUUUAUCCACUAUGGAGCCUGGAGACAUCUUUGAACUCUUGCAAACUUCAACUGAAGGUUUGACUACCGAAGAAGCUGCCCGCCGUAUUGAAAAGUUUGGUCAUAACAAGCUCGAAAGCAAGGAAGUUAACCCUAUCCUUCAAUUCUUGGGUUUUAUGUGGAACCCUCUUUCUUGGGUUAUGGAAGCUGCUGCUAUUGUUUCUAUUGCUCUUUCUAACGGUGGUGGUCAACCCCCAGACUACCCCGAUUUCAUUGGUAUCGUCCUCUUGUUGCUUGCCAAUGCUACUAUUGGUUUCUUGGAAGAACGUCAAGCUGGUAAUGCUGUCAAGGCUUUGAUGGCCUCUCUUGCCCCUGAAUGUAAGGUUAAGCGUAGUGGUGAAUGGAAGACUUUGGAAGCUGCUGAACUUGUUCCUGGUGAUGUUAUCAGUAUCAAGCUCGGUGAUGUUGUUCCUGCUGAUGGUCGUCUUAUUGCUGCUCACGGUCAAGUCUCUAUCGAUCAAGCUGCUCUUACUGGUGAAUCUUUGCCUGUUGGUAAGGAAGCUGGUGAUGAAGUCUUCUCUGGUUCUACUGUCAAGCAAGGUGAAGCCGAAGCUAUCGUUAUCGGUACUGGUACCAACACCUUCUUCGGCCGUGCCGCUAAGCUCGUCGGUGAUGCUUCUGACGAUGUUGGUCACUUGCAAACCAUUUUGGCCAAGAUCGGUAACUUCUGUCUCUGUACCAUUACCCUCUUUGUUGUUAUUGAAAUUCUCGUCAUGUAUCCCAAGUUCCACUAUGCCUACAGAACCGGUAUUGAUAACAUCCUUGUCUUGCUCAUUGGUGGUAUUCCCAUUGCCAUGCCUACUGUCCUUUCUGUCACUCUUGCUAUUGGUGCUAAGCAACUUGCUGAACACAAGGCUAUUGUUACCCGUAUCACUGCUAUUGAAGAAAUGGCCGCUGUUACUAUCUUGUGUUCUGAUAAGACCGGUACCUUGACCCUGAACAAGCUUAUCGUUGAUAAGCCUACCAUCAAAACUUAUGCCGAACAAAACGGUGAUGAAAUUAUCCAAUUGUCUGCAUAUGCUUCUCGUACUGAAAACCAAGAUGCUAUCGAUUUCUGUAUUGUCAACUCUUUGCCUGAUCCCAAGCUUGCUCGUGACGGUAUUGACGAAUUAGAAUUCAAGCCUUUCAACCCUGUUGUCAAGCGUACUGAAAUCACUUACAAGCGUAAGUCUGAUGGUGCUGUUCUCCGUGUUACUAAGGGUAUGUCCCACACCAUUUUGGAUCUCUGUACUCGUGACAAAACUGAAGAACAAAUCAAGGCUCUUAAUGAUGAUGUCGAUGAAUUCGCUCGUCGUGGUCUUCGUGCUCUUGCUGUUGCUAUUGAUGAAGUUCCCUCUGGUGGUAUCGAAGAUGAAGGUUUAGGCUUCCGUCUUAUUGGUCUCUUGCCUAUCUACGAUCCUCCUAGAUCUGAUACUAAGGAAACUAUUGACCGUGCUAUUGCUCUUGGUGUCUCUGUUAAGAUGAUUACUGGUGAUCAACUUGCUAUUGGUAAGGAAACUGGUCGUCGUCUCGGUAUGGGUGAUAACAUGUUCUUGUCCAAGACUUUGAAAGAUGGUCCUCCCGCUGGUUCUGGUUACUCUGAUGUUGAUGAAAUGGUCUUGCACUGUGAUGGUUUCGCCGGUGUCUACCCUGAACACAAGUAUGAAAUUGUUGAGCGUCUUCAAGCAAUGGGUCAUAUGACUGCCAUGACUGGUGAUGGUGUUAACGAUGCUCCUGCUCUUUCCAAGGCUAACGUCGGUAUUGCCGUCGCUGAUGCCACUGAUGCUGCUCGUUCUGCUGCCGAUAUCGUCUUGACUGAACCCGGUCUCUCUGUCAUUAUUGAAGCCAUCAUUGGUUCUCGUCAAAUUUUCCAACGUAUGCGUAAUUACUCCAUCUAUACCUGUUCAGUUACCAUUCGUGUUGUUGUCGGCUUCGCUAUCCUCUGUUUCGCUUUCCAAUACAACUUCCCUCCUUUCAUGGUCUUGAUUCUUGCUAUUCUUAACGAUGGUACUAUCAUGACUAUCUCUACUGAUCGUGUCAAGCCCUCUCCUUACCCUGAUGCCUGGAACUUGAAAGAAAUUUUCUCUUAUGCUAUCGUUUAUGGUCUUUACCUUACUCUUUCCACUGUUGUCUUCUUUGCUGUCAUCAUCAAGACUGACUUCUU